AAAGUUGUGUAAUCCUACUUUAUUUGAUGUGAAGUAUCCCUUAACAAGUAACUCAGUGACUAUGGUUUGUAGAGUAGAUUAUGACAGCCUUUUGAAAAAUCUGAAGUUUUAUUUUCUAUUGUGGUAGUUAAAUACCACACUACUUUCACGCAUACACCUCUUCAUAGACCUGUAAAAUGAAGCGAGGCAAUGCGGCUAAAAAUGACAAGCUCUCAAGCUUGAAGAAAGACUUCAGCAAAAAAUUACCAUCAUCCACACCAGUGGCCUCUCCGAGAGUAGCAGGCAGUACCGAAUCGAGUGCCAAAAAAGAGGUUGCUCCGAAAGCUAGAAAUGAAACGCCGUCCAGUGCCAAUAGUGUGAAAGAUAAUAAGACGAGUAAAAGCUCUGCCAAUUGCCCAGUACCCAAGCCAAGGAAAAUAGUGAAUGCUACUUCUAAUGGCUCAGUCAAGGAGCCUGAAAUUUCUGUUGUUGAUCAAGAAUCUGAUGGGUCUGCAGUCUCUGUAUCCAGUAUCCAAAUGCCCGAACUCUCCAGUAUUGCUAGUAAUGGAAGACCAGAAGUUCAAGAGGGUUGCAACCUGUACCUGAGGUUUUUAUAUGAUGAAGUAAAUGCUCACAAACUGGAGGCUCCAAGUUUCCUGAGGGUGCCGGAAUCUAGCUACAGUGUGACGCUUCGACAUGCUGCAAAUGAAUUUUCAAACUCCUCUCAUCGAUUAAGGGUUAGAGAUCAUGCUGAAUCCGUUCAACUUGAAAGUCUUUCAAUAGAUGCCUUUUUUGAACUUCUGGAUGGACUAUUUAAGGAAGGAGGGGUCACUUAUGAGCGUGUUCUUGUUCUAUUUUUCUUCUGCACCGACAUCACCGUUCGAGCACUCCGUGACAAUUUAGUCAACUUCUUCAAUGACUUAGUUGGUUGGACUCUUAAGUUCUUUUCAGAGAAUUUAUUUGACUGGGUACAACGGAAUGGUGGUUGGGCUCGCGUUCUGGAAAAAUCAAUGGACUUUACUUACAAAGCUUUAUUAGUGACAACGUUAUGUUUCUCCACACUCGCUCUCAUCUCAUAUCUUCGCAAGAAAUGAACCCUGUCCAUACAAAGUAGUUUUUAGAAUCAUUUUUCAACAGUAUUUUCCAAAAAUAGCAUCAACAGUUAGGGUAAAAUUUAGGCCUAAGGGUGCUGAAUAAGUCGAGCACCUUGCGUUUGUAGAAGCUUGCAAGUUGCUGCAUCUCAAUGAUGAUUUAUCUUGAGUGGAAUCAUUGGAACAACGAUUUUCAGCUUCAAUUUUUUUGCUGAUUUUGUACUUAGCUUGGACAAUAAUUCUGUCCGACUAAGAUGAGUCAAAGUUGAAAUUUUAGAAAUGACAUUUGCAAGUCUGACCUGGGUAUUUGCCCAAUUUUAGCCAUGUAUCACUCGUGGUCUUUGAAUUUUAUCGGCGUGAAGCUCUGUUAAAAAAGUUCCUGCUGAGAGUGGUACAUGUUACAUAGAAUUUUGGGCACAGCCAGUUAUGCAGGAAGCAGUUUUUACAGGUAGAUAAGUGUUAAAGACAGAAAGGAAGGACUCUUCUCUCACCUGGUUGUGUUUUGUUUAAAUCAGGGUCAGACAUUUUUCAAUGAAGGAGAAAUACAUCUUGUAAGUUGAAAUGAAUUUGUUGAUAUCAUGUUUUUCCCUCCAUGAUUUACUUUCAUGAAAAAGCAUGACUUAAUAGAAAAGUUGGAAGUCUUCAAAAAAAUUCCAAAAUAUAUGCUCCCGAUACGAGCUGAACAUACCACGUAGGGAUUCUAUUGAAUUUUAGUGUGAACAUUAUGUAUUGUAUUAAUUUAAGAUACUUUUAAACACCUAUCUAUUACUCACUGAUCUCAAAUCUUUCAAUUUUUAGCUUUUUAUCAUUAGUCAUAUGUAUCUUAAGGCAGUACCGUCCUUGCUGUUUAAAAAGCUGAAGAUAUGCACCACCGACAUCCUAAAUUUCUCCAAGAAACUUUUAGACAUUAGCUAGUUUUUCCUAAUUAUUUUAAAAUUUUCAGACGUUAAGAAACUUCCCAAGCGUUCUCUCAAGUAGUAUUACCUCUCAUGUUGUUUAAGAUGAAGAAUUUGUCUUUUGAAGCUGUAGGCACUUAAUGUGUCCAUUAUAAAAAGUAAUUUAUUGAAACUUCGCUCACCCGGUUACAAAAAAAAAGGAGAAAAGAAAAAAGUAUUCACACUCAAUGUCAGUGGCAGUAAAAUUUUAUUUUCCAAUUUUAAUUAAUACAGAAUUAUACUUCAGUUGUUUUGAGUGAAUAUCAAAAUCCAGAAGAAUAUAUUUUGCAAUACCUGUUCAGAUAAUAAACUUAUCUAUGUAGUUCACCCGAAGAUUUUAUCAUAGAAUGAUGAAGUCCUUUUUUUCCCUUCCUUUCUUCAGAAAUUUUAUUUGUGAAGUGCUUUUGCCAAAUUUUGCCUAGUAUUUGAGGACUUGUGUGAAUCUCUUCAGUUUUAAUGUUUCAACAUUUUAUUUUAUAUUUUUAUCCUUAAGUGGAAAAAAGUUACUUGUAGAGAGAUGAAAAUUCAACUGUAAAUUCUUCAUGAUUUAACCAUAUCUUCAACGCAACUCUCAAAUUUAAUCAUUCAAUAGCUUCCUCACAUAAAUAUUAAUUGUUGAUGGCGACUAUGAAACAGACAUAUUGGAGAAUUGCCCUUUUUGCACCACAGUCCUCAAUUAUCAUUAAGUGAUCAGAAUUUUUUAAAAAUGAUUUAUUGUACAUGACUGCAAAUUGUGCUGUAAUUUCUCAGAAUUCUUUAGUCUAGCAAUAAGGCUUUGCUCUAUUAUUUUCAAGACAUCGGUAGUCAAUUUAUGAUCCUCUAUGCUAGAGAGUCUUUUUUCCUCAAUGCCUUUGCUCUUUCAAUGUAAUAGAAUAACCUAUUAUAGUUUUUUAAUUCCAUUACCCAGAUGUUUUUUGAUUGCCAUAAUGCCUUUGUUGAUUUGACCUCUUUUUUUUUUUUUUUUUUUUUUUUUUUUUUUUUUUUUUGUGCAAAGGAGACUCCAUUAUUUUAAGCCGCUGUCAUUCAAUAACGUAGCAAUAAAGCAGGAAGUGAUGGCCGUUGUAGAUUUAGUAGCCGUUUUUAAUGUCGUUCGAUAACAUCAUUGGAUACCUUAUAAAAUUUCCAAUACAUAUUCAGGAGAACAGUAUAUUAUAUAGUAAAAUAGAUCCAUAUUUUCGCCCCCCGAGAAAUGGUGCCAAAUUACAGAAAAAGACACAGAAAUUUUCAGAGUAAAAUGGUCAUUUUCCAGGAACUUUAUUCCUAGUUUCAUAUACUGGCAUCAUGAUAAUAAGUACAAAUCCCAACUGGCUACCUUAGCUACCCUAGCUUUCUAUGGUCGGAUCACUGCUUUGCUAACCAGAGAGCAUAACUUUGUUUUCAUGUGAGCUUUGGAAAGUAUGAAGUUUUAAGUACCAAAGGACUCAUGUCAAAUUGUAAGAGAUGUUUUUUUGUCAGCAGAAAAACGUGAAGAUAGUCGGUGACUCAAAAAGAGAGAGCUCUCAAUUUUGGUUAUUUAGUGACGAAAUGAAUUGCUCAAUUAUUUAAAGCUGAUAUUCUAUUUCAUUAAAAUUCUGGUCUUAAAAUCAA